ACAAAAAAAUAUCCCAACAUGUCUACCUCACUUCCCGUCAUCGCUGCCAACCCAAAACUCUUCCCAUUUCAAUUUUGUCACGCAAGAACACUGGUUCAGCGCUGCUCAAUUUCGUCUUAUUUAAUUGAAUAACUCGACCAGAUUUCUUCUUAAAUAUGGCUGCUGCUGUCAAAGAUAUCGAGAAGCCCCAAGGUGGAGAUUCUGCAUCUGUGCAUCGUAUUCGUAUUACCUUGACCUCAAGGAAUGUACGUUCGUUGGAAAAUGUCUGCCGUGACUUGAUCCAAGGUGCUAAGGCCCAGAAGCUCCGCGUUAAGGGACCAGUACGCAUGCCGACCAAGAUCCUCCGCAUCACCACCCGUAAAACACCUUGUGGUGAAGGUUCAAAGACUUGGGAUCGUUUCCAGAUGAGACUCCACAAGAGAAUCAUCGACUUGCACUCGCCAUCUGAGAUCGUCAAGAAGAUCACAUCCAUCAACAUUGAACCUGGUGUAGAGGUCGAAGUCACCAUUGCUAACUAAAUGCAAUUCGACGCGUUUUGUACAUGAAACAAUAAAAGUAACAAAAAAACGGA